AGGCCGAAGACACCUCAUUUUAAAAGAUAUACACGUAGACAAGCUACCAUUUAUAAAAAUGGCUAGACUCUGCUUGUGAUUUUAAUGCUGGCGAUUGUAGCAGUCGUGGUAGAGGCAGAUUUUUGUAUGAACUUUAACGACAACACGCUGUCCACCUACUGUAAAUUUGGUUGCUGUGGUGUAAAACUGAACGAGUGUUGUAACAAUGACGACUACUACAAUGAACUGACUGCGGGAGCGAUCGCCGGAGUCGUCAUCGCCUCGCUUGUCGGCCUGGCCGUGGUCAUAGGUGGCGUCUUAUUAGUCGUCUUUCUCGUCAAUUCCAACUGUUGCCACGAGCAAGGUAACCAAGGUGUCGUGUUCUCGACAGGCGCAUGCGCAAACCCUCCAUCCGUGAAUAUAAGAGUAGGUCAGUCAACCUUAACCAAUACACAGACUACAUACCAGUAUCCACAACAAUCUACCAAGGUCUACAACGCCGGCUACGGCUACAUAUAGGUCACGUGACACACGCGGGGUCGGCGUCUCUUUUCAUUUAAUAAAUAUAUAAUUAUCAGCGGCAAAUCCGUAACUGUUGAAAUAAAGUGGCCCAACUGUGAAGAAGGAAUGGGAAAUUGGACGACGAUUCUGUCAUUGACAAAGAUACUUCCGAUAUUCAGCAAAACAAAUAGUAACAAUUUGUUUUUGUUAAGUUUUUUGCGUUGUUAUAUCUUGGUUUUUGUUGUUGUUAUCAUUAACAGUAUCUAAUGAACAUUUCAUAAAUGUCAUACUUAAUACCGGAAGUGCAUAUAUUUCAUUAUCAAAGAAUAACCUUAGUCUCGUUCAACCAGACGCUUGAUCACUUGUAAUUCUCUGUUCGGCGUAGCUUGCGCAGACAAAAAGAGUCUGGUUGAACGAGACUAAGCAUAACCUAUGCACUCGGAACUCCUCGGAUGGCUAGUUCCUCGCAGAUAAUGAUUCAUUCGGAACACCGCGCCUUUGCUACCUUGCAUAGUUUCGUAGAAAAUGACGAAAGGGUAUUCCGAAUGAUAAUGAUUGAGCGUAGUGGAGUCAACCGAGAUUUGCCGACUGCAACCUGAUAUGCCGACUGCAACCUGUGUGAUCUGCUUCUUUCGCUCGGGUUACAUUGAGUUUUAAAAUGUUUCACGUCAUCAUGUGUAACGUUUCAUUGCAUCCAACUAAACUUAACGAAUGAGCGUGAUAUUGCUGAUGACGUCAAUUUAGAAUACUGUAUAUCACGUGAUCUUUUGCACUUUAUGCAGUUAACAAUAUCCGUCAAUCGAUAUGUGUUUUAAAAUGCGCUGGUAACUGUUUAAUUAUACUUUUCAUUGUGAUACAAUUGAACCGGAAUUCAGAGGCCAUCCUUUUUGUCUAAGUCUUGUUGUACAUAGGUGAUCCCCUUAUACUGGUUCAGUUAAACAUGAUUCAAAAAUGGUCUCUUAACAAAGGCGUCUCUUAAUAGAGGUGGUCCUUCAAGGUUUAGCUGUGCCUGACUUUUCUUGUUCGUGACUCAUCAAUUGUGACUUUUUCGCAUUAAAAUUGAAAUCACACAACUUAAGUAUUUACUGUUUUUAUAUUGUUAUCAUUAUCGUCAUGUUCAUUGUAAAUUUAACAUGUAAAUGAAAAUAAAAUAUUUCUAAA